GGCAGCUGAACCGUGCUAGCCUAGCUAGAUACUGUUGCUAUCUCCGCACUGCCCACUGCCCCUCUUUUGGUUUUGGUUUGCCCCAGAAGAGAAGAGCUUAUCCGUCUAUCCGCCUCCUCACUACUCCUCGUCUACUCCCCAGAUCCCAAUCUCCCACCUCACUCUCCCCCCUCGUCCGCCAAUCCGCCAUGGUCAUGGACAAGUCCAACCUCUCACCGCCGCCACCGCCUCCCUCCUCCACCUCGAUCGCCUCCUCCUCACUCAAGUCCCUCAACAAGGCCUCCUACAAGAUCUCCAAGCAGUCGUCUUCCGCCUCCUCAGCUUCCGCUUCCUCCAUGAGAGCGCCUUCACCGCCGCCUCCCCGCCCUUCUCCCCCUCCUCCGCCGCCACCGCCUUCCUCCGUCCCCGCCGACCACCCGCCUCCCCAGCCCCCGGUCUACAACAUCGACAAAUCCGACUUCCGCGACGUCGUCCAGAAGCUCACCGGCUCCCCGUCCCACCUCCUCCCGCCCCAGCCCCCGGCUGCCGUGGCGCCACCUCCCAUCAUGGCGCCUCCUCCACCGCCGACGGCGAUACCCUCCCGCCUCCACCGCAUCCGGCCGCCGCCGCUGGCCCCGCCGCGCCUGGCGCCCAUCCUGCCUCUUGCUCCGCCGGCGCUCUCCCCGCUCCCGCCGCUACCGGCGGUCUGCAUGACGGCAGAGUCGCCCAUCUCCGCCUACAUGCGCCGCCUCCGCGGGAUGCCCUCGCCUAUCCACGUGCCGACGUCGCCGCUCGGGUUCGGGUGUCUGCCCUCGCCGCGGACGCCGCCGUCGCCCGGCGUGCCGAUGCCCGCCACCAGUCCCCGCGUCCGCGACCCGUGACGCGGAAGCCACUGAUGCCGCCGCCGCGCCGCUGAUGUGUAGAUAUGGCCGGUGUAGGAGAGAUCUAGCGAGGCGGCGGCGAGGAAAGGAGGAAACAAGCAGCAAUACAAUCACAUUCUGUUGGCUCCAACUCAAAACCUUAGCUCAAAAUUCUUUUUUUUUUCCCCUAGCGUGUUCUACCAGCCUUGAUAUUUUGUUGGUGUAUAUGGGACAUAUGCGUCGUUUGGCAACGAAUGAAUUGCUCACGUUUGGCUAAUUUUUUGUAACAAGCUUAUGGCAGAUCCUCAUAUGUAAAAUUAGUUUAGGAUUAUGAUAUUAUCCUCGAAAGGAAUCAUCGUCUAUUGGUUGGCUA